AUGGUUAACAACCCCAUCUAUGCUUUCUUUUUGCACAUGUCGCAAGGUGGCGCCUGCAACGUCAUCAAUUUCAUGCCCUACGACCUCGAAGGAGACAAACGCGUCCCCAGGGAACACACCAGGUGGAUGCUCGACUUUUGCCAGAAGGUGUUCCGGUGCGAACCGGACGAGACGCAGCAGUUCCUGGACGUUGGCUGCGGCAUCGGAGACCUGACGCGAGAGGAGCUGCUUCCUCGAUGCCUGCCGUGCCGCCGCAUCGUCGCCGUCGACUUGUCGGCGGCAAUGUUGGAGCACGCCACUCGGCACUAUCAACACGACAAGCUUCAGUUCAGGAAGUUGGACGUCGUAAGCGACGAGGACGUGGCCGAGUUCAUCGACGAGCACGGUCUCUUCGACAGGGUGUACUCGUUUCACACUAUCAUCUGGGUCCGAGACCAAGCUAAGGCGCUGAAGAACGUGGCCAGGCUUUUGAAGCCUCGCGGAGAGUGCCUUCUGAUUUUCCACGCGUCUCUGCGGUCAUUCGACAUCAGCCGCAACCUCCUUAAAACGGAGCGUUGGAAUAGGUAUUCCCACCUGGUCAACCAGAUGGUACCUAAGACGCAAGACAUGAACUACGACGAGCGCAUUGAAUACAUUUCCAGGAUCUUGGCCGAAGCUGGACUCUCACCGAGCAUAUUGGAGCUUCCAGUGUGCACGGUUCUCGACAACAUGAGCAUCGAAAGCCUGGCUGAGAGGUAUGCCUCGUUGAUUUCGUUGACGACCGUAGUGUCCGAGGACGAGAAACCGCAGUUCCUCGCAGACCUGGCACAGGAGACCACGAAAAUGCACCAUCCGGACAUCGACCGCAAUCACUACAGGAUUUACGUCAUCAAGGCGUCGAAAAUGAACAAAUAG